AAGGUCGCGCGCGCCUUGCUGGACAACAAACGCUCACGCAAGAUCCGACCCCCGAGCACACAUGCAAAGCACGUCCACUCCCCAUGCGGUACGCCAAGUCACCGAAGUGUGGCAUGGCCUUGCUAGUCUCGCGCUUCGUUCUCGGUGUCAAUCCCGUCAUACCGCUGACGGAGCGAUUGGCCAACAAACUUAGGAGGCGAGCCUUAUCCAGCCAGACUCAGCGUGCUCCAGGUCCCAGAACAGAAUCACUGACAUUGAACUUGAUGACACUUUCCUGCUCUGGUCGGGUCAUUGAGCUGCAACUCUGCCCACUGAUCGGUCAAUGCAGCGGCAAUGACGCGCAGAUCAAGGCGAUCCGGUCAGAGACACAGGUGAGGCCCUCGACGUGCAAGCGCAGCCAUUCGGAGGGUCAACAAAGCGUGUUGCAUAGUGUCAUGCGUAAUGUGCGACAGCUCAUCUUCUAAGCCAACAAGAUGUUACAGGUCCGAGUGCUGACAAGAAAAGUCGACAUUCGCGUGAUGGAAGACGUGAUGGGAGUGAUAACAUGCAGUGAAGCCGAGUAGAUCACUUCAACUUCUUCUUGACACUGUG